ACAGAGCAUUCUUUACUUGAAUUUCAACUCCAGCAUUAUCCAAAUUAUUGUGCUGUUGGAUGGGCUUUGGUUGCAUGAUUUCUGGCACAUGUUAGCAGCACAAACUUUAUACAGAUAACUUUGUCCCACAUUUGAUCUUGCACUUGUGUCUAAUUUUGGAGCUCUUGAAUUUUCGCUGCGGUAUUGUAUACAUUCCCCCUUGAUCAUAUUAGACUGUUUGUGAACAUGGACCAUUCACCUCGGAAGGCUCGUUUCUUCAUUAUAAUGUUAAAUUUAUCUGCCAGAUCCAGAUGUACGACGAGGAGGUUGAAGAUUACGUUGACUUGGAUAUGCACAGCAACAUCCUAAACAAGGCCAAAAUAAGACUGGCACGGAGGAUAGCCCCUCAAAUGGAUCGUGCAGGCCCUGCGUUUGCUGUUCGAGGUGGAGGCAACACGGAAAUGACUCAGUCUAGGUACCCUUCUAGACAGUUGUACCGCGUAGCUGCCGAGAGGCUUGUCAGUGCAUACCCACACCUUGCUGACAGAGUUGGCAGCGGAAAUGGCCUGGACUCGUGGGUCAUGGCAUUGAGAAACAAAUUCAAGAACAUGCGUAAGAAGGCGGAGAAUUGCUCUGAAGAAAUGUUGGCAAAAAAAAGGCACUUCCUGGUCAAGCGGAAACAACAGAUGGCUUCUGGUGAAGCUACAAACAAGAAGUUAUGCCGCCUUUUUGAUUGCAGUCAUCUUGUAGCAUAUGGAGAAACUGCCGAGUCAUUGAGGCUGCACAACGAAUGGCUUCAAGACAAUGCUGGCUGCCAAGAUGAAGAGGCAGUAAGGCCGAGGCUGCUUGCAACAGCAAAAGACAGGCAUGAACAACUUCGCAGCCUUACGCUGUCAGAUGCUCUGUUGCUGUUCCCCUUUCUGGCAACUGAGGCAUCGCUUCUUGUGGAGUUUGACCUACUUUUCCAAAGAAACGUGAUGGAGGCAAUGGAGAAUGGCUGCAAGCAGCUUGGUUACACUAUUCUGAGCUUCGGAGAAGCAGAAGAGGUUGUGGCAUUUUCCGAAGUGGGAUCCGAGGAUGCUGUUCUGGCAGCUCUGCAGUUUGUAGCAAAGCGCUGCAAGGAGCCCAUAGAUAGCAUCAUUACGCAGGAAGAAGCCCCGCUGACCCCGUGUCUGGUGCAGGAUGAAGGAUUUGCACUGCACAUCGACAAGCAACUAGUGUUUCAAGUCUCCUCGCUGCUUUCGGGAGUAGCCUGCCUCUUUGCAUCCUUUUGGGUGUUUCAUGUGGAAUACCCACGAAAGGCGCACAAAAUGUUAACAUUCAUAGAACAUGCAUUUCUGAACUUAACGCACACAAAGCCGCGCGUCAAAGCUCUUCAACUAAUCAAUUUUUUCAGAGGCCAUGCAGACUCCCUGGAAGAGCCAUAGGCUACUAACCAGUGGCCACACUCAAGGCCUAAAAAACUUCUUUGCAGCCGAUUCUUGUGUAGAGUUUCACAGCCCAAAUGAUGCUUUGGUCCAAGGGCUGGGCAAUCUGAUGUGUUAGGAAGCAGAAAUGCCAACUUCGCAGCUGCAAAGUUAUCCAGUGCGAUGUGCGCCGAUGCAUUUAGGAUAACUGCAAUUCUGUUCUUCGCUGCAACAUAGUGGUCAGUGAGGCACAUGUACUCCUCGGAAAGCUUUGCAGUCCAUGCUUUUGUAUUGCUGCAGUAGACAACUCUAGACGGCAGUUGGGUGCUUUUGAAACAUCUUGGCAUGGCUGACUUCCCAAUCACAAGAAAUGGUUCACUUCGAAUGCAGCUGAAAUCCUGUCAUUGGCAUUCUUACCGCCAGUGCAUGUCUCGUCAUUGAAUGCAGGCAUUCUGUCUAGUAGCAGCUUGAAGAGCGCAGACUCAUUCGUGUUAAAGAUAUUGUUGGGUGCGCAGUCUAUCAAGAUGUGCCUCGGCUGACCAUUUUGCCAUGUUUCUGCAUCCUCUGUGUUGCCAGCGGCAUCUUCUCCUGAAGUGGUCAUGUUUAUGCCGUACCUCACUUUAAAUUUCGCCAGCCAGCUGUUGCUGCAUAUGAAGUUGUGGUUCAGCUGCGAAGCGAAAACCGGGGCCUUCUCGGCAAGUAGGGGUUGCAAUAAAGACAGUGGAUGUUAAACUGCCUCAAUACUGUAAUACUUCAAUCAUAAUGUGGUAGUCAAGCUUAAGUGUUAAGUUAUUGCUUGUGUUUUGUAAUAUUGUUGCCUUGCACACAAUGGUUUUCCUAGUUCUUUUUGUGCUGUUUGCCACAGUUUAGUUUAAAAAUAUGUGCCGGCUUUUUUCUGCAAUGUGCAUUUGUUCAAGAUACAGUGGCCAGCGCAUCAAAGUGACUAGUAGUGCACAGCUCAUGUGUUUUAUGUUGUAAAGGUGCUCAGCUUGAUACACAAAAGCAACAGUAGCAGAUAUGCUGUGAGCUAAUUUUAACGUACUGGCUCCUAUGUUAUGCACCAUUCAAAUUUGAUUCAGUAUGAACAGGCUUCAAGAAUGUUUGGUCAAAUGGCCUAGUGAAACCUUUUUUUUAUAUAUGACUUUAGGAGUUUUAAAAAGUGCCUUUAAUUUUUAUUAUUUAUUUAGGUAGAUAAAUGUUUGUAAUGAGCACAGGUGUGCAAGA